AUAAAGGGAAGUUACUCAGAGAACCGAAUUAGAAAAAAAUAUAUAACGAGAAGAGGAAAUUCUACGUCACGAACACAGAUUUCUUCAUGGGUCUUCAUCGGGUCCGUUAAUAUCGGGGAGAUUUUAAAACAAACGAGCUCCUAUUGGAAGUGACUCUGCAGCAGCAGCAGCAGUUGUUGAUGAUGCAGAGUUCACCCCCCUAGUCUCUGGAAGUCGCUUUGGAGAAAAAGCCUCCACUGAACGACUCGUUAAUAAAUAAUAGGAUUCGCGAAACACAUGCGUGUGUAAAACGACCAGCAACGACGGUAAAGAAUGUCUCCCAGCGGCUUUGCAAAAUUAUUCCCGGUUUUCCUGUUGUCUUUUGGAGUAAAAGGCACGGGUCUUGCCUUGGUCACACUGGAGCUAGGAGACCCGAUUCGGGUGGCGCUGUCAGGAGAGACCGUGGAUCUGGUCUGUAAAAUCCACAUCCCUGCCAACUCCACCGGCGGGAAAGCGGGACUUUACCGGGUCGCGGCGGGAGGAGAAAGUUUAAUCGGUACAGAGACCGAGUAUCCGACGCAGGCGGAUCCCAAGACCGAAACGAUGCAGGUUCAUUUCAUCGCACACAACGCGUCAUUCACCGGAAGCUACCUGUGUCGUUAUAACAGCAACGAGGGGCGGGUCCAGUCAUCGUGUUACCUGCUCGUCAGAGAUGUGGGGUACAGGGAGCCCUCGUCCUUCAUUGUGGAUAUCAUCACUCUGUCGAUUCUCAGCGCCAUCUUCCUCGUCUUCAGUGUGACUGGAACUGGGGUGCUGCUGUGGAAGAGGAGGGUCUGCGCCUGUUCUGGGACUGAAGAGAAAGACACAGAGACAGCGAGAGACACAGAGACAGCAAGAGACACAGAGACAGAGAGAGACACAGAGACAGAGAGAGACACAGAGAGAGACUCAGAGAGAGACACAGAGAGAGACAAAGAGAGAGUCAAUGCUGAGAAGCAGACAGUGAAGGAACCAUCCAUCUACACUGCUCUGGAGCCUCGCAACCCUUCUCUCUACACCACUCUGGAGCCGAAGCCAAAGAACGAGAAGAACGUUAAAAAGAGAAAAGGAGGAGAAGAGAAGAAGAAGAAGAAGAAGAAGAAAGGGAAGGCGCAGCCGAAUCAACCACAGACCGCCGCAGCCGAGGAGGGCAUCUUUGAAUCCGUCUACGAGAAUCUGUGAUACCGUCGCGUCAGUUCGCCCCCUAGCGGACAGGAGAUUGUAUAACAAUUUUACAACAAUGUUUUAGCAAAUAGACCUUUUUGAAUUUUUUUUAUUUUUUAAAUACUACUUCUGAAUGCAUUGAUUAUUAUUAUUAUUAUUAUUAUUAUUAUUAUUAUUAUUAUUAUUAUUAUUAUUACCUGUUCGGUCUUCUAUCAGGAAAUGUAUUGCUUAUUCAGGGCUGGGAAUCAGACUCCCGCUGCACAGCAGUGUGAUCCAGUCCUGGUUUCACUGGGAGUUUAAUAAUAAGACACACCUGAGCUUGUUAGCUAGACACACUGGGGGCUGAUCAAGCUGGUAGCAGUAAAACCUGGACUGGAUCACACUGCUGUGCGAUAGGAGUCUGAUUCCCAGCCCUGAUCUCUCUGUCUAAAUAUCCCACAGUUCCCAGCAAUAUCCUGUAGCUCUCUUCACUAUAAAAUCAGCUACAAACCUCCUUCAACCAAAGUCUAUCUACAGGGCUGGGAAUCAGACUCCCGCUGCACAGCAGCGUGAUCCAGUCCUGGUUUCACUAGGAGUUUAAUAAUAAGACACACCUGAGCUUGUUAGCUAGACACACUGGGGGCUGAUCAAGCUGGUAGCAGUAAAACCUGGACUGGAUCACACUGCUGUGCGAUAGGAGUCUGAUUCCCCUCCCUGAUCUCUCUGUCUAAAUAUCCCACAGUUCCCAGCAAUAUCCUGUAGCUCUCUUCACUAUAAAAUCAGCUACAAACCUCCUUCAACCAAAGUCUAUCUACAGGGCUGGGAAUCAGACUCCCGCUGCACAGCAGUGUGAUCCAGUCCUGGUUUCACUAGGAGUUUAAUAAUAAGACACACCUGAGCUUGUUAGCUAGACACACUGGGGGCUGAUCAAGCUGGUAGCAGUAAAACCUGGACUGGAUCACGCUGCAGUGGGACGGGAGUAAUACAAUAUAUAUAUAUAUAUA